AUGAGUGUCAGUCCUCGCACGUGGGAUGAGGAUGUUGUGAGGGACCUAUUUGUUGGUCGUGAUCAGGACCUUAUUUUGUCCAUUCAACUUAGUAAUUCGGCCGCUAAUGAUGGUUGGAGUUGGCGAAUUGAGACUUGUGGGAACUAUUCGGUUAAAAGUGCAUAUAAAUUCUUGCAAGAAUCUAAGGGUGCUUGGUGCCAAGAUGCCAAUACUGAUUUUUGGAAGCGGCUUUGGUCAUUAAAAAUUCCACCUAAGAUCAGUAAUUUUUUAUGGCGAGUUGUUUCGGGCGUGCUUCUAACUUGUUUUCAACUCCAAAAGCGUCAUGUUCCUGUCAAUGCUGACUGCCCUUUGUGCAACUCUGGUACUGAAACUAUUCAACAUGCAUUGGUGGAAUACUCGUUUGCAAAGGCCGCUUGGCAUCGCAGCAUAGUGAACGUCGGGGUUGGGGCUGCAACGUUCAGCAGCUGGUUGUUAGGAAUUUUCACCAGGGGGCACGAAAUUGAAAUGGAGGAAGCGGCGAUGGAAAGGAAGGGCCUUUCGUUGUCUCCUUUGAAUGAUGGGGGGAGGAACUGUAAGCGUUGGAAUGCACAUGUGUUAAACAAGAUUAAAGUUAAUGUUGAUGGAGCUUUCUUUGAACAAGAGGGGAGGUUUGGAGUGGGUUGUGUAGCUCGAGAUCAUCAUGGAACUAUGGUAGAAGUUUUCAAGAAAGGAAAGAUUGGGUAUGUUCAACCCGAAAUUGCUGAGAUCAUAGGUAUCAAAGAAGCUUUGAGUUGGAUUGCGACUCAUCCCUGGGACAAUGUAGUGUUAGAAACGGAUAGUUUGGUUGUGCGCUUCAGUUGGAGGAUUGUUCCUUUGAUGUGCGUUCUAUUGUUUUGA